CGGCUGAGUACGAGCGGCGAGCGAGAGACCUGGAAAUGAAAGUAAAGAGCUCAGGAGGCACAUGGAGGGAGCUGCAGGGGCAGCCGAUCCAGAAGCAGAAUGCUCCCUUCUAUAAUUAAAUAGCACUUACUAUUAUUAUUACUUAUAGUAAUAAUACAUUAAUAAUACCUCUAGUAAUAUAAUACCAUUUAUCAAGGAAAGUUAUACAUAGUGUGGGGGGGAGAACCCAAGAAGAGCUACUAUAAUGGAGAGACAGAAGAGAAAACAAGAAAUAGAGAAAGGACUUCAGUUCAUUCAGUCCACAUUACCCUUAAGCCAAGAAGAUUAUGAGGCCUUUUUGCAGAAGCUGGUGAGAAACCUGUUUGCAGAGGGCAAUGAUUUGUUUCGAGAGAAGGAUUUCAAGCUUUCACUGGUACAGUAUGUAGAAGGGCUGAAUGUGGCGGAUUACGCAGCCUCUGACGAGGUGACCAUCCCAAAGGAACUCCUGUGCAAGCUGCAUGUCAACCGAGCUGCCUGCUACUUCGCCAUGGGGUUGUAUGAGAAGGCACUGGAAGACAGCGAGAAGGCUUUAGGUCUCGACAAGGAGAACAUCCGAGCGCUCUUCCGGAAAGCCCGCUCUCUAAAUGAGCUUGGAAGACACAAAGAAGCAUAUGAGUGUAAUAGCCGGUGUUUGCUGUCCCUCCCCCAUGAUGAGAGUGUCACGCAGCUGGGACAGGAGCUUGCCCAGAAGCUGGGACUGAGGGUUCGGAAAGCGUACAAAAGGCCUCAGCAGGAAUUGGAAACAUUCUCUCUACUCAGUAAUGGCACAUCAAUCAAUUUGUCAAAUCAGACCACUUCCAAUGGUUUGGGUUCGAUUGAUGACAUUGAAACAGACUGCUCUAUGGACCUGCAGUGCCUCCCGGCUCCCGUGGCCACCUCCAUCCCUGUGAGCGAGGGGCUGGCCCCUUUGCCCUCAGACUCGGAUGCAAAGGGCCUGCCUACCUCGCUCCCUGCUGCCAGCUUGCUCCCAUCUCCGGACUGCGUGCCCCUGCCAGUGCCUGAGAGCGUGGAGGACUUCACAGAUGGGGACAUCAUCGGGGAAGAACUGGACUCCCUCCUGGACUCCCUCGCCGAGGGGUCACCGUACCCUCUAUCUCUGGUCCAGGGCACCAUUCCCACCAACCUGCCAACGGAGAUGCCCCAGCUGAUCCCCGUGUUCCCGGGGGGAACUCCGCUGCUGCCCCCGGUCGUGACGGCCAGCAUCCCCGUCUCCACCCCGCUGCCGCCUGCCUCCUUCGGCCUGGUGAUGGAUCCCACCAAGCAGCUCUCCUCCUCCUCUGUCCUGGACGCCUUUGAGCCCCCGCCGGGGGGAAGUGGUGGCUCCACCUUGGAUUCGUUGGAUUCCCUGGACCUGCUCCCCUACACAGACUCGCGGCUCGAUGCCCUGGACUCCUUUGGGACAAGCAGAGGGUCACUGGAUGCCUUGGAUUCCUUUGCCAUUGAAGAAACCAGCCCUCAGGAACUGCGACACCCACCUGGCAGCCAAAAACCAUCCCCCGUGGUGAGUGAGCCGCUCCCCCAUGCUGAUGUCCCAAGGUGCUCUGGAGCCAAGGUAGUCAGCCUUGGUGGAGUGAGUCACCCAGCUGUGCCCAAAGUCACCGAGCACCUGCUGCCCCAGCCAGAACCAGUAAUGCCCAACACAGCCCUGCUGGUGAAGAACCCCCUGGCAUCCACUCAUGUCUUCAAACAGGCCUGUCACAUCUGCUACCCCAAAACAGGGCCCAAGGCUGGUGAUUACACCUAUCGGGAAGGCUUGGAGCACAAGUGCAAGCGAGAUAUCCUGCUGGGCAGGCUGAAGAACUCGGAAGACAAGACCUGGAAGAGGAUCCGUCCUCGCCCAACGAAAACCAACUUUGUAGGAUCGUAUUACCUGUGCAAAGAUAUGCUUAACAAGCAGGACUGUAAGUACGGGGAUAACUGCACCUUCGCGUACCACCAGGAAGAGAUCGACGUGUGGACUGAGGAGAGGAAGGGGACCCUCAACCGCGACCUCCUCUUUGACCCGUUAGGUGGCAUCAAGCAGAGCAGCCUCACCAUUGCCAAGCUCCUGAAGGAACAUCAGGGCAUCUUCACCUUCCUCUGUGAGAUUUGCUUUGACAGCAAACCCCGUAUUAUCAGCAAAGGGACCAAGGACACACCAGCUGUCUGCUCCAACCUUUCUGCCAAACACAGUUUCCAUGACAACAAGUGUCUGGUCCACAUUGUGCGUUCCACCUCCCUGAAAUACUCCAAGAUCCGCCAGUUCCAGGAACACUUUCAGUUUGACGUGUGCCGGCACGAGGUGCGUUACGGCUGCCUGCGCGAGGACAGCUGCCACUUUGCUCAUAGUUUCAUCGAGCUCAAGGUCUGGCUGCUGCAGCAAUAUUCAGGAAUGACCCACGAAGAUAUUGUGCAGGAAUCCAAGAAGUACUGGCAACAGAUGGAGGCACAUGCCAGCAAACCAGCCAACAGCAUGGCUUCUCCCCGCGCUCCCACGUCGAGCACCUUUGACCUCCAGAUGAAAUUUGUGUGUGGCCAGUGCUGGAGGAACGGGCAGCUGGUGGAGCCAGAUAAAGACCUCAAGUACUGUAGUGCCAAAGCCCGCCACUGUUGGACAAAGGAACGUCGUGUUCUGCUGGUGAUGUCCAAAGCAAAGAAGAAGUGGGUGUCUGUCCGACCACUGCCUUCCAUCCGCAACUUCCCACAGCAAUAUGAUUUGUGUAUCCAUGCACAAAAUGGCAGGAAAUGCCAGUAUGUGGGCAACUGCUCCUUCGCCCACAGCCCUGAAGAGAGAGACAUGUGGACCUUCAUGAAGGAAAAUAAAAUACUAGAUAUGCAGCAGACCUAUGACAUGUGGCUAAAGAAACACAAUCCUGGGAAGCCUGGAGAGGGGACGCCGCUCACCUCGCGAGAAGGGGAGAAACAGAUCCAGAUGCCCACCGACUACGCUGACAUCAUGAUGGGCUACCACUGCUGGCUCUGCGGGAAGAACAGCAACAGCAAGAAGCAGUGGCAGCAGCACAUCCAGUCGGAGAAGCACAAGGAGAAGGUCUUCACCUCAGACAGUGACUCCAACUGCUGGAGCUACCGCUUCCCCAUGGGCGAGUUCCAGCUCUGCGAAAGGUUCCAGAAGAACAAGGCCUGCCCAGAAGGAGAAGAGUGUCGCUAUGCCCACGGCCAGGACGAGCUGACGGAGUGGCUAGACCGGAGGGAGGUGCUGAAACAGAAACUGGCCAAAGCCCGCAAGGACAUGCUGCUCUGCCCCCGGGACGACGACUUCGGGAAAUACAACUUCCUAUUGCGGGAUGGCGUAUAGUAAGGGGCAGGGGGGAGCCUGUCGGCUGGAGAAACGCGGGGUGGGUUUUCCGAGAGCGGCAGUAGCAGGGCGAGCGAGAUCCGUGUCUCGCAAAGAGAACUUUUUCUUUUCUUUCGUUUUAAGAUUUUGAGACGAUGAUUUAUUAGUGGUGAAUGAAAACGUGAAUUUGAUUCUCCUUGGCCAGCGAACGCCAUGCUCACUGAGUUUGUGAUCUGUCUUCUCUCUGUCCUUUCCCCCAAAUUCUCCUUCCUCUCCAUCUUCCUGUUUUUGCUGUUCAUUGUUUAAAUGAAUGAAUCUAGUGUGUACCAGGAGGCACAUCGGAGAAUUUCCCCUUGUCAUUCCCCUGCCCUUCAGUUGGGAGUGUGGUUGCAGAGAUCAGGAAGACGAAGCUGAGAAAAAGAGCUAGACGUCUGGUGAAAAGGGGACCAUGAAGUUCAUGUGCUCCUUUUCUCAGUGCUGCAAGAGCAAGCCCUGCUUAUACUGCUGCAAUUGGCCUGCUUUUCUGGGAGUUCAGUACCAGGAGAAUUGGGAAUUGAGAUGCAAAGAAGGAAAGCCACUAGAUCUGACCUAAACAUCCGGGCUUAAACCCCUGAUGAGUGUAUGCCCCUGAGGCAUCAACUGGAGUUGAAGAGGAUAACAGCCAUCUGGUAUUAGCAGUGUAGCUAAAAACAGCAAUGUAACAGAACUGCUUGCAGUAUUGGGAACUGAAUUGUACGACUUUAGACUGUUUUGACUGACAGCACCCAGGAAGCAAAUUGGUGACGCCCCAUUAGACGUCUUUCUCAAGUAUGCAACGGGUUUUCGGGGUGGGUAGUUUUGGUUUGCUUUUUUGGCUGGCGCGACUGGUACAGGUAGGACUGAAGCCAUCUAGAAGGUGUAGUGCAGACUGUGACACACCAUCCAUCACUGCACUCCACGCAGCAGGAUCAGGCGGGAAGAAGGCUGUAACCAAAAGGAGCCUGUAUUUCUCUGUCCGCUUGUGUCCUGAAGAGAGAGAGGUAAUGGGGUUCCCUUCUUGCUCUUUAACUGGUGUGUGUCAGUCGUUAUUUAGAGCUGUUUAUUCCUGCACCACCAGAGGAAUCGGGUGGGGACUGAACUCAGAGGACACCAUCGUGCAGCAUGAGUCCAAUGCGGCGGGCCUGAUUCUGGUGGCGUGUUGCUGAUGGGAAUCCAGCUGGCAGCGCGCUUACGAGCACAGGUCUCAUCCUGCAAGCAGUAAACACAUCCUGUCUUGAGCUUCCCGCUCCUCUUGCAGUCCAACUGCACUCUGCAGUUUUAUAUGCAUGGAUGGCGCCACCCUCUCAAACACAAAUGCAUCUCCUUCCUGCCUUUAAGGGCAAGGUCUUUUUUUGUUCAGAAUCUCCCAGGACAGCAGGCUCAGGGCCCUCAGGGCUGGCAGGCAGCACUGUAUCCCCGGUAAAUACAAUCUAGCCAUGUACCACGGGGUGCUUUGGCACUGUUGGCUCCCUCUUUUCCCUGCCUGUUCCCGUAUCCUUGGGGCUCCCAGCUUCAGGAGAGAUGGAAAUACGCAGGAGACGCUGUAGGGACAGCUGGCACCUUUCCAAACCAGCCUCCAGGUAGCUGCGUCAGCAACACUGAGGCAGUUAGGGCCCAGGAGCAGUGUGCUGCAUGCUGGUCUUGGGUCUUCCCAGUGGUAUGAUGUGCCCCAAAUAAGCCAAACGUGCCUCUGAGCUUCUUGCCUUGCCUGUAAAAUGGGGAUGGCGGUCAGCGGUUUCAUAUGAGCUUCCCUUCUUGGCUGUACAGCACCUUGAGAUGCGGCCUGGAAGGGCCCAGGAUUGUAGCACCUGAUGACAGACGGGUGGCUUAUGGUAGACCUGGGAGAAGAGGGAAGUGGUAAUUUCCAGCUCUGCCCCUGUGAGGGGAGAAGGAGAGGCAGAAGGAUCUGUGCUAUGGAGAAGAAGAGUGGCCUAUGCAAUGUCACACACGGCCGUUUUUGAGUGGUCAGGUGCUGUGUUUUCUCCUCUGCUCUUUGCUGUAGCUGUCCGGAUCGUACUUUCUGCUGGUGCUCCUUGUGUCAAACUGGUCAACUUGAUAAACAGAGAGAGACCGGGGAGGAGGUAGGCACAGGCUCCUGGGUUAUCUCGUUCUGCUGUUACUGGGCUGAGAUGCCAAGGAGCGAACCUGGAUUGGGGAAUGUUGGCAAGUGUUUUUGUUUUUAAAGCAAACCUGCAUCUCUAGUGUGACUCAAGUGUUCGCUGCGCCAUGAUUUCUCAUACAAUAACUUGUUUUAGGUUACAGAGUGGGUCGCUGUCCCCUCUCCCUGCCUCUGCAAGGAGAGCUGAGCUACUCGGCGGGGCCGAGGCGGGGAGAGGGCAAGCAUGCGUGAGGGGAGGGAGGCCCACGGUCACGGGUGUUGCGUUGAGUAUCUCUUUUUGUUUUCCCUGAUAUGAUAACCUGGUCUGUGGUGUUGCAGUACUUUGUCACCAGACUUGUUUUAGUGUGUAUAUAUGUGACCCCUCCCAUGAAGCAUAUAUACACAGGUAUUAAAUAUAUCGCUCUAUAUAAUAUUAUAUGUGUGUGGUAUCGAAAGAAUCUUUUUAAUGAGGGUAAAGGAAAAGGACUCGGGCCAGGAAACGCAGCAUCUCCAGUUUUAAAUAUGAAGACUUUUAUUUGGGUUUGGGAAAGGGAAAUAGCAGAGGGGAGGGUUUUAUAUAGAUAGGUAUAAAUUCUGAGAUGGGACAGGUUUCCCUGGUGACGCUUUUAAAACCCCCUAUGAUGUCCUUGCAGUCCCAUCUCAGUGAAAGAGUAUUAUACUGCUAACUAGUGAGUAAAGUUUUAAUAAUAAGGCUUUGCUUAUAUUAUUUAAGGGGACAUUGUAAAAGGCAGGAAGCUUCACACUUGGCUUCCCAGGCUCACUUUAUCACAUCAAGAGGGUUUUCUUCAGCAUGUUACGUACUCUCAGCAGAAAUGCUCAGCGCUCACGGCUCUGCAGCAGUUAAACCACAAGUAAGUUGUAGGGCUGCUUUAGUGGUGCAUUCACGAGACCCUUUGAUAACUCCCUCUUUUGUUCAAUAAUCCACGUGAGGGAAGAAGAAAAUUUUGCAGCACAGAACCAAGUCCAAGGGUUAUUAACAAAAGUGAUGCUUUCACUUUAUAACGUUAGAAGAAAAUCUCAUAUCCUGUAAAAUAACCACACAUACGCACAGAGCAGACGCUUUCAUUUAGAUCAGCUUGUUAAAUGCUGAAGGACUUGGUGAAAAUCUUUUCCCAAAUCCUUUGGUAAGGGCAGGGAUUUAAGUCACGCUGGUGUUGGAGUGAACCUGACCUUUGCAGGGGGAAGAAAAAUAAAAUUAAAAAAAUACCCUACUUAGUUUGUAUGAAACUGUAUGUCAAAAACGGAUGGGUUUUAGCAAGUGAAAGGAAAAGAUAGUAAGGGGAUGCUGCAGUUCUGAGCUGGGUAGUAAUGAUUUCGAGUCCUUUAAUAUGUCUUUGUAUUAAUAUAAUUUAAGAAUACCACGCUUUACUAUUAAAAAAGAACUUAGUAUCUUUCAUAAGGUAUAGUAUCAGGAUAAUAAUGUAGAUGUUUUAACAACAUUUUUGGUUUUGUUCUUAAAUAAAAAAACAAACUUGCUUCUUUUAGCCUUUGUAAUAGAAAAUAAAAGUGUGCACUUUAAACCCUC